AAUCCAAAAUAUAAUUUUUGUAAAUUUUUGUCAUCCCUCCAAAAUGUACCCAUUGCUCCCCAAUAAGAAUCACACCUCCAUUCUCCACUUCACCACACCUCUCCCAACUACUCCCAGAACACAACAAUGGCGAAGGGUGUUCCUCAGAAUGAUGAAAGCAAAAAGGAAAACAUCCCUCCAAACCAAUCCAAUCCAGUUCCCGUCAAUGCCCCAUGUUUCAAGAAGAAAUUCAGAAGAAGAUUGAGGGUGCCUCUUGCUGAUAUUACUCACCUCUUUAAUGAUUCUGCAGUCCAGAUCUCUUCCUCCCAGCAAAGUGUUUAUGUGUUAUCUAUGUCCGUUUCCCGGAAGAGAAAAGCAUUUGGGGAGAUUGGUUCCAGCAAAGGGAGCAGUUGUGAUUCUAAUGCAUUGAGGAUGGGGUUCAGAUAGUUGCAUAAAUACAUAUUAGAUUUUUUUUUUCAAGGUUUUUUUCCCCUUGUUCCUUGAUGCAGGGAUUGGGUUAGAACUU